AAUACGUUUAUGGUCAAGCAGGAUCAGGGAAACAGAGAACAUUCAUGGUGUGGCAAGAGCGCUCAGACGGCUAAGAUAAACCAUGUGAGGGAAGUGCUCCUCUUGUGGGUUGCAGUGGCUCUGUGAUAGAUGAUGACGAUGGAUCGGAAGGGCUUUUCACUCUCUCACUACUUCUGAACUGGUUCCCCCUUUUCACACAGGAGUGAUGGAAAUGGUUGGAAAAGUGAACCAGCAGUAGUUGAGACAUUUUGGAAUUAGGUGGGUGAGCCUGUCUCUAACCGAGAUACUACCAGCAGCUCUGUCUCAGUGACCCACUGACUGAGGAGGGGGUCACCAUGAUCUCCACAGCCUUCCGCUGGCUGGUCCUGGUGUCUUUUAUCAUCCUGACCAUUGGUGGAAACGUGCUGGUGUGUCUGGCUGUGGGGCUCAGUCGGCGACUGUGGCGCAUCGCUAACUGCUUCGUGGUGUCGCUGGCAGUGACAGAUCUUCUGCUCGGCCUCCUGGUGAUGCCCCUUUCUGCCACUUCGGAGCUUGGUGGCGGGAAAUGGCCCCUCGGAGGAACCAUUUGUAACAUCUACAUCUCCACAGAUGUCAUGCUGUGCACAGCUUCCAUCCUGACCCUGCUGGCCAUCAGCGUGGACCGAUACCUCGCCAUUUCAGCUCCCCUCAGCUACUCCCAGAGAGUUACCCCUCUGAGGGCGACACUGGGCAUGAUCGCCAUCUGGACCUUGUCACUGGCUGUGUCCUUUGUGCCCAUUCACCUGGGCCUGAACACAGCGGAUUAUAAAGUGCAGCACUUGGACUGGAGCAUUGGAGACGAGGACAAGGAGGGACGCUACUGCCAGUUUGAAUGGAAUAACAACUACGUGUUAAUUUAUGUUUUGGGCUCAUUCUACCUGCCUCUGAUGCUCAUGUGUGGAAUGUAUCUUUGCAUAUUCAGAGUGGCACGAGAACAGGCACGGCGUAUUCGUGCUGCAACUCCUUCAUUUGCACGCACAGCAUCAACCGCAGCCAUCGCCCGGGAGCACAAAGCGACAGUGACCCUGGCAGCUGUACUCGGGGCCUUUGUCAUCUGCUGGUUCCCCUACUUCACCUUCUUCACCUGCAUGGGCAUCAGUGAAAAAACAAACCCCCCUAACACGCUACACUCUGUGGUGCUGUGGCUGGGCUAUUUUAACUCUGCUCUUAACCCCAUCCUGUAUCCAGCCUUCAACAGGGAUUUCCGCAAGUCAUACGGGGAGCUGCUUCGCUGCAGCGGGCUGUCCCGCAGAAAACUGCAGCUCACGCCUGUGUCUGGGCAUAAAAGAUUGACCUUUACUAAUGGACAAAAGCUUCCCCAGCAGUUUGUGAAACACAAAGACAGAAUUAAGAAAGACAGUGAGGGGAAGAGCCUCACACUAUGUACUUGAGGGGAAGUGGCAUCCCUGAUGAUGAAAUACUAUGCAUCUGUUGGACUGUGGACUGGCAUAAUGAUGUAUAUUAAAAAAAACUUUCUCCAACUCUCACAAUGCCUAAUCAUCCACAGCAUCAGUUAGAUUCUUAGCGUAAAGUGCCAAAAAUACAAUUUGUGUGAAGCUUGUGGCUCGUCCUAGAUAGAAACUCUAUAGUUCAUAUGUUUAUUUCAAAGGCCUGCAUUAUUUUCUUGAUGUUUUCACUAUUUGCAAUAAAUGAAUGUAUUUUUUAUGAA